CUAGGUUGAGGUGUGACACGUGGAUUGGAUUACCAGAUCAUGGCAUUGAACAAUUGCUUUUACGUCAUGUCCUUUGUGCAAUGUUCUUGAUGUGAUGUGUUCAAUGAAGACUGAGACUGUUGAGUGCUGAAUCAAAGACAGAUAUUUAAAUACCCAUUUGAUGCCAUAUUGCUCAUAGAAAAUGGCAUACAUUGUUAAUUGUGAAGAUAAGCCUCUUCGGAAAUCAAAACUUGGCCCUCCAGAUGUAUAUCCUCAAGUGCCAAACCAGAAAGAGGAUGAACUGACCUCAGUCAGUGUGAAACAAGGCUUCAAUGCAUCACCCUGCACCUCUGAUGAGUAUGGCUCUGCAAGAAGUUUCAACAUCAACUCCAGUAAGAUGCUGGAGAACUUCUCGGCGGUGCUUUUGAAGAAGAUCGAGAUCAACACACUCCCGGAGACUGGUAAAAAGAAACAGCCGAUCUCCCACCGAGACAACUACUGGCCGGUACCCACCAGGCCCAAAGCGGCCGAGAUAUGGCUGAAGGACCUGGUGGGCAACAAACCGUUGACAGUGCUGGCCAAGAAGGUACCCAUCUUCAACAAAAAGGACGAGAUUCUGAGCAAGCUGUGCGACUACUCGGUGCCGACGGUGCGCGCCUGCUGGCUCAUCAAGAUGUCGUCGGCCUACUACAUGGCCGUGGCCGAGACGAAGAACAAGUCGAAGCGGCAGCUGCCCGACCAGACCCAGGAGUGGACGCACACGUUGGAGCGGUUCCUGAAGGAGCAGCUGGCGCGCCUGGAGGAGCACUACUCGUGGACGCCGCCCGUGUCGGGCUUCUCGCCGCUGGGCGGCGGCUCGUCCGAGGAGCAGAAGGUGGCGCUGCGCCAGUGGCAGUACGGCACGCAGCUGGCCGGCGUCAUGUACGAGCAGGGCCUGCUCGACCGAGAGACGUUCCUCGAGUGGGUGCUGGACGUGUUCCGGGCGCGCGCCCACGACGACGGCCUGCUGAAGCUGGUGGUGCCGCUGCUGCUGCAGUACGUCAGCGAGUUCACGCGCUCCGAGCUGCUGGCGCGCAAGCUGGCCUACUACUCGUGCAAGAAGCUCAACUACAUGAUCGCCGAGAUGGAGGCGUCCGAAGGGCGGCCGCAGAGUCCGGUGUUUGGCGCGGAGGGCGGCGCUCCGCCGCCGCCGCCGGCGCAGCCCGUGCACAGCAACCCGCUGGUGGCCGCCUUCAUCCGACUGGUCAACUGCAACUUCUACGAGAGCAUCGUGUACGGUCUGAGCUCGGUGCUGCAGACGAUCCUCUACAAGAACCCGACGGCGCUGGUGUGGAACUGUCUGGGCGACGGCAAGGGCGCACCGCCGAGCAGCUCUCCGCUGGGCGGCUCGCCGCUGGACCUGCUGCCGUGCCUGCCGUCGGGCCUGCCGCUGCCGCCGAGCGCCGCCAACGCCGAGUGGCGCCAGCGGCUGCGCCGGGUCGAGGACGACGUGCUGGAGCGGAGCCGCGCCUCGGACCUGCGCUGGUCCGUACAGACGGCCACCGAGCUGACGGUGGGCCGCGUGCUGGCCGCCCUGGACGCGCUCGACCAGCACAAGUGGCACCGCGCCGACGACGCCAACAGUUUCGACACGCUGUACGCGCGCAUCUUUCCGCCGGCGAGCCGGGACGCGUCCGAGGGCGCGCCGUCGGACGACGCGAUCGUUCAGCUGUUGUGCGAGUGGGCCGUGUCGGCGCAGCGGCUGGGCGAGCACCGAGCGCCGGCGGUGGCCAUGCUGCUGGAGAAACGCCAGGCCGAGCUGACGGCGUCCGAGGGCGACGGCGACGACCGCGAGUCGGUGUGCUCGGGCUCGUACCCGGCUUACAUCUACCAGAGCCUGUUGUUCCGCUUCCUGGACACGUCGGCGCCGGUGCUGGACUCGGUGGGUCUGGGCGGCCGCAGCCGGCCGGCGUUCGCCAGUCUGGUGCUGCUCUUUCUGGAGCUGACCCGACACGACGUGUUCUCGCACGACCAGUACCUACGAACGCUUAUCUCGCGCGGCGAGCUGCGCACCAACCCGGCCAGUCCGGCCCAGUCGGCGGCCGCCUUCGCGCGUCCCGAGCACUACGACGACGACAAGCUGGACAUUGACGACGACUUGGACAAGCUGGUGCAGCACAUCAAGUCGACCAACGCCGACAUGGACAACCCGGACAGUCCGCGAGAGGCGUUCUCGCUGGGCGGCGGUCACUCGGAGAAGCUGGAGGGGCGGAGGCGGAACCGACACCUGAUUUACACCACUCACUUCCCGCUGCCGCAGGACGACGCGUACACAGACGACGACAAGCAGCGUCACAUCCUGUUGUUCGGCGUCAAGCGGGCGCGUGAUGAGGCGCGCCACGCCGUCAAAAAGACCAGCAAGGAGAUCAUGAAGCUGUUCGGGAAGAAGCUCUCGAUCGACGUGUCCGAGGGCGGCAAGGUGAAGCGCCAGAGCCGCGGCGAGUUUCCGUUCGAGGCGGUGGUGCAGCGGUUCCAGGCGCUCUCGUUCUUCGACCAGCACCAGGUGACGCACCAGUGCGCCACCCAGGUGGUGGAGAUGCUGGCCGCCUUCGCCGCCGGCAGCUCCAACUACCUGCCGGUGGUGGAGCACGUCAGCUUCCUGUUCGACCUGAUGGAGCUGGCGAUGAACAUCCGGGACCUGCUCGACAGCUGCGUCAACAUGCUGCGCGAACUGCCCGACGUGGAGGGACAGCUGCACAGCAAGAACUCGGUGCGCGCCGGCACGUUCGCCACCUCGAUGGCGCUCUAUAUCGUCGGCGCGUGCCGGCGCUACCACAGCACCCUCAUAUUAUCGCAGGACCAGACGGCCUCCAUCUUCGAAGGCCUCUGCAAGGUGGUGAAGCACGUGAGGAACCACACCGACUGCUCCUCCGCCGAGCGCUGCAUCCUGGCGCACCUGGUGCACCUCUACAGCAACUGCAGCUUCCUCAAGUCCAAGCACUACGAGGCGCGCUUCGAGAGCUUCAGCAACGCCUACCAGAAGCUGAAGCAGCUGUUCAACACGCCGCUGAAGGCGAGCGGCGCGUCGUUCAGCCGCAACGCCGCCUUCAUGGCCGAGUACCUGACGGCGCCGACGCGGCCCAUCGAGCCGUCGGCGGUGCGAGCGCUCAACGAGAGCGGCGCCAACCGCUACAGCUUCGUGUGCAACGUGGUGAUCGAGGCGUGCAGCACGGCCGACAGCGAGCGGCUCAACGACCUGGCCGUGCUGGCGGCCGAGGCGACGGCGCGCUGUAACGCCCUCUCGCCAGAGUGGCUCGACAUGUUGUACGCGGCCAGCGGCCGCGGCUCUGACAGCUGGCUGGACGUUCUGGCGGCCGUGGACAUGACUGCCGCCUCCACUCACCGCAGUCUGGCGCUCUUUAUGACCGUGCUGGCCGCCCGGCACUGCAUCUACAUGGAGGACAUCAUUCGGUUCGGCGCCGAGUGUCUCAUCAGUAAGCGAGAGCCGGGCGCUCGUCUGAUGCUACGGCUGUUUGGCCACCUGUGGAUCUCCUCGGAGCAGCCGCAGCCCAGCUGGUACGACACGACCGCCGGCGGCACGGUGCCCUCGGACGGACAGCCGUGCAGCCUCAAGUACAGCUGCGACAGGCACCUGCUGAUGGCCACCCAGGACAACCUGCUCGUGCCGGCGCUGCUUUUCGGUCUCAAGGCGAUUAUCUUCCUGGUGGAUCCCACCGUGGGUGACGGCUCCGGCCGCCCGGAGGGCAAGGGCGGCAGCGGUGAACUGAGCAUCAGCGCCAUCUUGGGCACCUCGGACCACCACGGCGAGCCAGACGAUAUCGGCCGGUCGUCGUCGUGCCUGAACAAGGCCGGCCUGUCCGAGUUCGCUCGUCACAUGCUGAAGCAGAUCUGCGGCCAGCCGUGGGUGCGUGAGAAGCUGCUCAGCUCGCCGGACGAGAUCGUGUCCAUGGAGAAGACGCACCCGGCCGAGUGGGACGACAUUGGCCUGAUGGACCGGGUACUGUCACCCGAGCAGGCGCGCCGGCUGUUCCACAUGAUCGUCCACCCGGACAACCACGCCUUCUACGUGGACGACUCGCCGGGCGACCGACAGGUGUGCAGUCGCAUACUGGAGACGCUCGACCAGUGGACCAUGCGCGUGGCGCUGCUGGACCUGCGUCUGCUCUACCAGCAGGCCAAGCUGAGCACCGAGAGGCACAGUCAGUGGCUGCACACGCUGGCCAAGGCAACCAUAGACGCAUUCCAAGGAGGGGAAGGGUCGCAACGAAUACAUAGCAGCGCCGGCGGCGACGAGCGGCCGUCGUUCGUGUGGCUGGUCCCGCCGCUGGUAGCCAAGCUGCCGGCCGACGCGCAGGCCUGCAUCCUCCAGGCGGCCACCCAGGUGCUCGAGUCGGCCGGCUGGGUCAAGAAGAGCUCCUCGCAGGCCGGCGGCGGCUCGGGCGCCGGGUCGGCCGGUCCGCCGACGCCGCCUCCGGGCCCGUCGGCCCACCAGCCGUUCAAGCAGCUGGUGCUGAGCUGUGUGCGCGGCCAGGAGGAGCAGCGAGACGACCUGGUGUCGUCGCUGCAGGUCCAGUUCCAGCAGUUCAUCAGCAGGGACGGAAAGGACGAGCCGAAAGAUAAGGAUGAGAAGAGGAAAACAGCCGACAAUAAUAAGAAGGAGACUGUGUUUCCGGACGAGAACAAGACGGGUGCGCACGUGCACAGCGCGCUGCACCUGCGGUUCAGUCUGCUGGGCGGUGUGUUCGACGCCAUCCAGCGGGGUAACCUGAGCAUGACCGACACCUGGGUGCUGCUGCUCGCUCAGCUGGUCACCAACGGCGUGGUCACGCUGUACAACAACAGUGACCUGUACACCACCGUGUUGGACAUGGUGGCCACGCUGAUCCACUCUGCCGUCGUUGGGGACGCGCAGGCCGAGAAACCGGAGGAGAACAAGCGACACUACCAGACGCUCGCCAAAAAACUGCGAAAGGAGCUGGGAGACCGUCGCGGCGUGUCCAUCCAGUACCUGCGACAGUUCCUGCCCAUCCCAAAGAAGACCGUGGAGGUCGUCAACUGUGAGCUCAAGUCGGCGCCGCCGCCGGGCUUCGAGAGCUUCGAGAAAAGACGGGGUCUGAUCCUGGUGGACAAACAGAAGGUGUCUCCGUGGGACCUGCUCGAGGGACACCGCAACCCGGCGCCCCUCAGCUGGUCCUGGUUCGGCGCCAUCCGACUCGAGCGCACCAUCAGCAAGUACGAGGAGGUCUUCAAAAUGAUGAGGUUCCACCAGCACCAGGCGAUGAUCAAGUCUGACACGUACUACCUGGAACGGCCGCCCCUGCCGCCCGAGGAGCUGGAACCCAUUCCAGAGAAACAGAAAGAGGAGACCAAAGUGGCAGAGGUGCCCAGCUGCGACUCGCCGCGGGGCGGUGCCAAAAGAGCGCGCGGCAGCGGAACGCGCAAAAAGCGCGAGCGCGCCAACCGGCAGCUCAGCAACUCAGGCAUCAUGGCGCCGCGCAUGAACACGCCGCCGAUGCCUGGCAUGGCUCAGUACGGUCCUGGCGGCGGCAUGUACGCGGCCGAGCAGCAGUGGUUCCCGCCUCAGCAGGGGCCGCAGGGACCGCCGGCGCCCUACUACCACCAGCAGCAGGCCAUCGGCGCAGCGGGCGGCCAGCGGUUCCCCUCGUCGGCCAGCAAGAUGGCGCUGACGACAAUGCUGCGCAACCGACAGCCGGGCGGCUUCAUGCAGCCGCAGCCGCAGCCGGGCUACCCCAGCAUGCACCCGAGCAUGCAGGACAAGCAGCAGCUGCUCCGGCAGCAGCAGAUGAUGAGCAGGGACCAGAUUCGCGUCCAGCACCCGGGAGGGCCCGUGUACGCGCCGCGUCAGAUGCCGGGCCCGCCGUCCGGACCGGGGCCCACCAUGCCGCAGACCAUGUACCAAGGGAUGAACCCCGGCUACAACCCUGCCUACAUGGCGCAGCAACAGGGCCAGCCGAGCCAGCUCAUGACUCAGGGAAACCCAAACGCGAUGGCCUUUGGCGGCCAGCAGGGCCAGCCGGCGCCGCAGCAGCAGAUGAUGCAGCCGCAGCAGCAGCCCGGCAUGAUGCCCAUGCGGUCCCAGCAGCAGCCAGGCCCGACCGGCUACAUGGGCCAGAUGAGGCCCAGCUCAAACUAUAUGCAGCAGGCGCCGAACGUGACUGUGAACGCGAUGCAGGCCGGCGGCCAGUACCGAGCCAUGGCGCCCGGGCCGCCGGGCGCCGCCGGUCUGCCCCAGCGGCUGCGACACCCGAUGAUGAUGCAGCAGCAGCCGGGCACGCUCAUGAACCAGCUGCGACAGCCCAGCCUCGCCCAGCAACAGCAACAACAACAGCAACAACAGCAGCAGCAGCAGCAGCAACAACAGCAGAUGCAGCCGAGCAACCCGUACCAGUACCACCAGUGAGGCGGCGGCGGCGGCUCGGAGGGCCCGUACCGGGGCUGGCCGCCGGCCGACUGAGGACCGGAGCCGCCGCGGCGGCCGGUGCGCCGCGCCGCGCCGGCUGACCCGCCGCCGGCCUCUGCAGACUGUGACCUGAAUCUGAGGUGACCUGAUCUGUGCGCCGAGAAAGCAUCUAUAUAUUGUUUUGUUUUGAGCUGUGGCCCGUUUUUGGGACGUGUUUUGUGUAGCGCUGUGCUCGUGUCUGUGUCGGUCGCUGUGAAUGGCCGCGUCUCAUCAUUCAGGACCCAUUGAUUGUGUGUUGGUGUCGAUUGGGGCGUCGUGGCUGCCCGCCCGUUUCAGCGGUGAUGCUGUGGUUAGUUGUCCGCGGAUCGUGACGUCAUGAUGACGUGUUCACGAACUGUGACGCCAUGAUGAUGUGUCCGCGGCCCACGCUGGUGUCUGCUGCGGGCGGGCGUCAUCGAGCCGGUCCUUCAUUCCUCCUGCCAGGGUCCCGCUCCGUACCAUAAUACAGGAGCACAACAUGCAACCGUUUUUUGUGAACUAUAUAUUUGCUCAUCAAACUGAAGUCAAUUAAAUAUGCCAAUGUAUCAUCUCGGAUUAAUGCAUAAAACCGACACGCUCUGUGCCCGUAAGAAUCGAGCUCGCGUGUCCCCCACGCAGCGUCACGCCUGCAGUGACGCGCGUAAUGGCGUUAGUGAACUGCAUCUCUCGACCACGUCACGCUGCGGCCGGUCGGCGUUUAAUCCCUCCACCCAUCACAGGCCACACCCGCCCGGCACGACCCCACACAGGCCGCCCCUCGUCGGGACGUAACGCCGCACAGCUGCUGAGCUUGCCGUCGGCAGUCACACGGUGUUGCAGGCGCAGCACAUCAUUCACACGCUGAUAACGGGGCAUGAUGGACGUGGUAGCGUGACAGUUACUGACGCGCGUGGGUCAUUUCCGAACGCUAGUCUCUCAUCCAGAUUCAGUCACUUCACCGCAGUGAAAAACAGGUGUAUCACUGCCCAAUCAAUCAGUUCAACAAGCUACACCCGACCUUCUUAGUUACACUCGCCCAUAAUUCGCAUAUCCAUCGAGCAUAUCCCAGCCACAUAUCUGUAUUUAAUCCUUGCACUAGCACUCACCCUCGCGUCGCAGGCUCGUGAAAAGAUGAUCGGAGGUCGUGGUAAAAA